GGACUCCCGCGCGGGACAGUGCACGGCUUUUCGGCCCUGAGGGCCAAACAGCAACUGUGCACCGUGCCAGUCCUGGGUCGAGGAGUGACGACGCCUCGGGGGACGCCUACGCGGUAUACGGUGCAAACAGGUCGUCCGCAGAUUAACCCCCUGGCCCGCCCGCGCGCUCUCUUCCUGCCCGCCAUCAGAAACCCCCGCGGCCGUGCCGCGCGUCCGCGCCGGGGUCCCGCGCCGCGGCCGCGUGCACGUAGCACGCGCCGCCCUCCCCGCCGCCCCCAAGGUAGCGCCGCACCGAGGCCUCCGUGCGCAUUUGGCGCCCUCCGGGCUGUUGGUCCACCGCAGUGGGCCGCCCGGCGCGCCGCCCUCGUCGAGCAGCGCGUACGUCGGCCGCGCCGCCGCCGCGUACUCGCGCAGCCCAGGCCGUUCUGCCACGGCGAGCGCCAGUUCUCGGAGCCGCGGCGGCAGCCGCAGCUCGGGCUGGCCCUCCCCGAAGCACUCGCGGUGCCGACCGGCCCACUCCGCGAGGAAGAAGUCCGCGACGCAGGGCGCGGUCCCGAGCACGAACGGGCCACAACUCGCCGCCAUCCGCGCCUCGAUGAGCGGCAUCAGCUCGACCAUCUUGGCGCAGUACGCAUACGCGACGGCGCCCAGGGGGGAUACCGCGCAGUCGCACAGGGGCCCAGAGCAGGUUGCUCAGCGGCACGAGGAGCUCGGUGUAGGCCGCCGUGGCGAGCGUGGCGCACAGGGCCUGGUCCGCGUCACCCUCGCCCUGCAGGCCGAGCCUGGCGCCGAGGAACUGCGCAAUCGCGAGCGUCUGCGCCACCUCGACCACGGCGCCCUGUUCCGCUUGGGGUCUUGCCUCGACGGCCAGUGCAGCACUGGGACACUUCCCAGCGGCGCGCUACUCCUCUUGAACGCGUCCCACGCAGGGCCUUUGCUGAAGCUCUCGUUAAUCCAGCCGCUUGCACCUAAGCCCUCGGAGAGCAGCAAGCGAAGCGGCUCUGCGCGGCCUGCGAUGUUGAAGUAGGCGAGCUUAGGACGCGUGUCGAUUGAUGCACUGUCGCAAAAAGGCGUGCUACACGCUCUGGAGCGUGCUGCGACAACACGCAGAGGUGCAGAACACGGUGCGCAAGUCCUGACAGUAAACAUGACUCAAGCUCGCAUCCGUGAUGAGAGGGUGCGCUAGGAUGCUUCGCCGGCGGAAGUGAGGGUGAAGAGCCGAUGUGACGACGACAGGAAGCCAGCCAUUUGGC